CAGUGUUGAGAAAGCAGCGAGAGCAACUGCGAGUGUUGGUGUUUACCUGACAGGAUACAUACACAUUUUUCCUGCCUGAACGCCGUGGAUUAUAUCCAGUUUCGACUAUUAAUCUGCAAAAGGUUGUCUUCAGGGUCCAGCCAUGGGUAUGAGCGGGACGGCGUGGAGAGGAGAGGGGGAUUUAAAUUUCUCUUUCGUCCCAAACAGCCUCUUUUGAUUUGAAGUAAACGGUGCACCGCAGCAGGAUCCAGCUGUGCUUCCUUUCGCGUUUGGCUCAGACUAAAGCAGUUCUUCGUCGAUUCCAGAGCAGAAAACACUACACUUGAAAGUUUUUUUCGUUUUUUUUUUUGGACGGAGUUUUUUGGGCUUUCUUAGAGAGCGGAGGUGACCUGAAAGCGGCUCACGGAGUCGGCACUGCCCGCUGGAGUCUCCUGAAAAUGGAGGCUGUCGAGAAGGAAUGCAGCGCACUCGGAGGACUCUUCCAAACUCUUAUCGGAGACAUGAAAAGCAGCUACCCUAUCUGGGAGGACUUUACCACCAAGGCUGGCAAACUGCAGUCACAGCUCAGGGCGACUGUAGUUGCUGUGGCUGCUUUCCUGGAUGCCUUUCAGAAAGUGGCCGACCUGGCUACCAACUCACGAGGUGGGACCAGGGACAUUGGAUCAGCGUUGACCAGAAUGUGUAUGAGACAUCGCAGCAUAGAGGCUAAACUCAAACAGUUCUCCAUGGUCUUCCUUGAGGGUCUGAUCAACCCUCUACAAGAACAGGUGGAGGAUUGGAAGAGAGGAGUCAACACUUUGGACAAGGACCAUGCUAAAGAGUAUAAAAGAGCCCGACAGGAAAUAAAGAAGAAGUCCUCAGACACCCUGAAACUUCAAAAGAAAGCAAAGAAAGGUCGAGGUGAUAUCCAGCCCCAGUUGGACAGCGCCAUGCAGGAUGUCAGUGAUAAAUACAUCCUGCUGGAAGAGACGGAGAAACAGGCCCUGAGGAAGGCUCUUAUAGAGGACAGGCAGAGAUUCUGCUGUUUUGUAGCCAUGCUGCAGCCCGUAGUGGAUGAGGAGAUUUCUAUGUUGGGAGAGGUCACCCACCUCCAGACCAUAUCUGAUGACCUCAAAGCCUUGACUUCUGACCCACACAAGCUUCCUCCUGCCAGUGAACAGGUGAUUAUGGACCUGAAGGGCUCAGACUAUGGUUGGUCUUACCAAACGCCACCCUCAUCUCCCAGCACCACCAUGUCCAGGAAGUCCAGCAUGUGCAGUAGUCUGAACAGCGUUAACAGUAGUGACUCCAGGGGAUCCAGUGGCUCCCACUCUCAUUCUCCUUCCUCCUCUUCUUCCUCCUCUUCCUCACACCACCUCUUCCACCACCAUCCCCCUCGCCAUCGGUACCGCAGCUCUACCCUACCCCAGCAGACCCCAGCUCGGCUCUCUAGCAUCUCCUCCCACGACUCAGGCUUCAUUUCGUCAUCACAGGACCAAUACACAUCGUGCAAAUCAUCAUUGCCAAUGCCAGCUGAAACAAAGCCUUGUCCCAGUUCCAGGUCCUCUGAGGUGUCAGAGACUGGGCAGCCUCACAGUGACUGCAGCUCCCCCUCUCCUCUAGCUGCUGCUACUGCACCUCAGCACGCUACUGACCAGCUGUCCAAUGGUUUUGACCACUACAGUCCGGCAAACUCCCCUUACCUGCAUAGCAAUGGGGGGAGUUUGGGCUCAGGAUCAGGCACCGCCUUCCCUUUUUUCCCACCUUCCUCCUCCUCAUCCUCCACCUCCACCUCCUGCCCCACUCGCUCAUGGUCACGUCCCGCCUCAGCUUUACUGCCAGACUACCCUCAAUACGGCACAAUGGGCUCCCCCAUGGUGCCUUCAUCAAGGGUCCCCAGUUGGAAGGACUGGGCGAAGCCAGGCCCCUAUGAUCAGCCAAUGGUUAACACACUGAGGAGGAAGAAAGACAAGGAGGCCCCAGCUGUAGUAGACAGUAAUGGUGGUAUGAGUAAUGGUAACAUCCCAGGGUCUACAGUACCAGCCUCAGCGGCUCUUCAAACGUCUGCAUCAGUGGAGGAGAAGAACAGGAUCAUGGCUGCACCUAUCAAGGCUGGGGAUAUUGACGCCCAUGAGGAACUGGCUCUGGCUUUAACCAGAGGUUUGGAGUUGGACACUCAGAGAUCCAGUAGAGACUCCAUCCAGUGUUCAAGUGGCUACAGUACACAGACCAACACACCCUGCUGCUCAGAGGACACAAUACCUUCACAAGUAUCAGACUAUGACUACUUCUCCAUGGCGGGGGAUCAGGAGCCUGAGCAGCAGCAGUCAGACUUUGACAAGUCCUCCACCAUCCCCAGAAACAGUGACAUCAGUCAGUCUUACAGACUAAUGUUUCAGAGCAAACGGCCGGCCUCCACAGCCGGCCUGCCCAGCACGCAGGCUCCUUACCCAGGUCAGGGAGCCUACCCUGCAGGGCCCUAUCCAUCCACACCCAUCCACGGCGGGCAUUAUCCUUCUACCCCUACAGGCUCAAAUUCAGGUCAGGCAUUUUAUUCUGGAUCCCACAAUGCCCCUGGCUCCUAUUCUUCAGGCCAUGGUCCAGUGAUUGUCACUCCUGGAGUUGCCACAAUCCGCCGUACCCCCUCCUCAAAACCCUCCGCCCGCCGCUCAGGUUCAAUUGUGGGCACUGGCCCCAUCCAUAUUCGUACUCCUGUUAUCCCAGUAAAAAUCCCCACAGUGCCCGACUUGCCUGGAGUGGUAAAUGGGAGCAGGAGUGCGGAGGAGACCAGAGGUGGAGAUGAAAGCCCAGAUUCUCCAACAUAUGCAGGAGGUGGGGAUGCCAGCACGCUGCCUAUGAUGUCCUGGAGUGGUCAGGCUACCACCAAUCCUCCCAACGUACCCCAGCACCUGCAGAGAGAGCCAGGGCAGGACGGAGGAGAAGAGGACCACCAGGGAGGAGAAGGCUCAGAGGGCAACAUGCUAGUGGCCAUCCGCAAGGGGGUCAAGCUUAAAAGAACCCUCACCAACGACCGCUCAGCACCACGUAUCCCAUGAUCACAUGACACAAGAAACAUGUGAUCUUGCGUCAAAGAGGAGUGCGGCUCUCCCUUUGGGUCAAAGGCUUUAGACAAAAUGCUGCUGAUAGAAAUGUGUUGUACAGAAUCAAAAAAAGUCUUUAUGCUAGUAAGAGAAAUCAAACACAUUCGUUAUACAUAAAGCAUAAUCUCCUUCUGUUUGAAUUCCCCAUCUUUAAUGAUUCAGAAGAAAGAUGCAUACAGAAAGUCUCUUGUUCUGGUUCAGGUAUCGUUUGGGUUUUAAUGAUGUAGAAAAUGUGUAAAGCGAGGUUGUUAAACAUACAGCUUUGGACCUGAAGUGGAUCACACGCCUUUACAAUCUCAAGGCCUAAGCCUAAGGUGGUGAUGCAAAUCCGAGCCCACAGGUGUGUUAUGAAAUACAAACGGAUGCUUUUUUGUUUGCAAAUAACCAGAAGA